GCUCUCCUGAGGCUGCGAGUGCCACGUCCCAAGUGCUACGCGGAGGAGCGGAGAGGGCGGUACGCGGGGGGGCGGGGAGCGGCGCGGAGCCCGGCCUGGCCACACUGAUCGCCCGCCGCCAUGGGCUCCUCGCAGAGCGUCGAGAUCCCAGGCGGGGGCACGGAAGGCUACCACGUCCUGCGGGUACAAGAAAAUUCCCCAGGACAUAGAGCUGGACUGGAGCCAUUCUUUGACUUUAUUGUUUCUAUUAAUGGUUCGAGAUUAAAUAAAGACAAUGAUACUCUUAAGGAUCUACUGAAAGCAAAUGUUGAAAAGCCUGUAAAAAUGCUUAUCUACAGUAGUAAAACACUGGAGCUGCGAGAGACCUCAGUCACACCAAGUAACAUGUGGGGUGGCCAGGGCUUGUUGGGAGUGAGCAUUCGUUUCUGCAGCUUUGAUGGGGCAAAUGAAAAUGUUUGGCAUGUGUUGGUAGGUAUCAACUGUGAACUGUUACUUGCAGUUUAAGAAACAGUGUAGAAA